AUGAAUCGCUUUGGUAAUAUCAACGUGGAAUACAAGAAAGCCAACAGUGACUUUAGUACACGUUGGCAGGAUUUCAGAAUAUGCACUCAAGUAUUGCCCAAGGGAUGGGUCAAAGCCCCUGGUCGACGGCCAUUGGCGGAAGAUUUGAUUUUUGAGAAGGAUUGCGCCAUCCCACUUAGGGAUGGACUGAAGAUGUGGGCCGACAUCUUUCGACCUUCGACUUCUAGUAACGAGCCAGUUCCCGCAAUCAUUGCGUGGAGCCCAUACGGGAAAGAAGGAAAUGAUCACCAGGGUCUCGAUGCCAUCCCGUUUCGCGCUGGGAUUCCUCGGAAUAGGACAAGUGAUCUGGAGAAGUGGGAAGCCCCAGAUCCUGCUGAAUGGUGUCCUCGAGGAUAUGCAAUUGUCAAUAUCGAUCCUCGUGGAGUAUAUGAUUCCGACGGGGAUAUCGCGGUACUUGGUACACAGGAGGGUCGUGACGGAUAUGAUGCUGUUGAAUACAUUGCCUCGCUCAGCUGGUGCACGGGUGCCGUUGGGUUUGGAGGAAACUCAUGGCUAGCUGUUGCUCAAUGGUUCAUUGCCGCAGAGAAACCUCCUCAUCUGAAGGCCAUUGCACCCUGGGAGGGACUGAGUGACUACUACCGUCAUCAAAUGGGCUGGGGUGGCAUACCAAAUUCCGCUUUUUGGGACUUUCGGUCUGGUGGUUACCACGGCAAGAAUAGACUGGAGGACACGGGUGCAAUGCUUCUCAAGUAUCCUCUCGUUAACGAGUAUUGGAACGAUAAGCGUGCAAAGAUAGAACUGAUUGAUGUUCCAAUGUAUGUCCUCGGAAGCUUUUCCUCAGGUCUACAUACCGAGGGUUCGAUUCGAGGAUUUUUGUUUUCAGCUUCCAAAGACAAAUGGUUGCGAAUUCACGAUAGCCAAGAAUGGUAUGACCAGUAUCAAGAAUUUGCAGUAGACGACCUGCAGAAAUUCUUUGACAGAUAUCUGCGCGGGUUAGACAAUGAUUGGGAAUCAACGCCCAAAGUUCGACACUCGCUACUGGGUUACAAUUGUCCAUCUGUUGUAAAUCGACCCGAAUCUGCCUAUCCGCCCGACUAUGUCAAACACAAUACAUUCGUCCUCAACUGUGAGAAUGGAACUCUGCAAAAUGAUAGACCUCAGAAGUCUUCGAUUACCAGGUAUCUUGCGGACUCCUGGGAUGAUGAUGGCGCACAUUUUACGCUCAAGUUCCAUGAGUACACAGAGCUAAUAGGCUUCUCAAGAGUCAAAUUGUAUAUGUCCUGCGCUGAGAAUGAUGACAUGGACGUAUAUGUCAUUCUGAGGAAGCUUGAUCGAGAUGGGAAGCCCUUGCUGCACAUCAACAUGCCCCUGGAGAGCUUUCCACCGGGCACUACGGACACCGAUGUGCCAAAUGUCAACGUAUUCAAGUAUGUCGGUCCUGGUGGUAGAUUACGGGCAUCACAUCGAAAGAUCGAGCCAGAUCCACACCUGUCGCCUGAUCAGUGUCGCCUGAUUGCUCCGGGAGAUGUCUGGCACCCGCACGACCUUGAGGAGAAAAUCCCCCCCGGCGAGGUAGCAUGCCUAGAGAUUGCAAUCUGGCCAGGUGGGAUGCUCUUUCAAGCAGGCGAGUCUAUUCGACUAGAGAUCAAGGGUCACGAAGCGACAUUGCCUGAAUUUCCGGCAAUGGAGCGAGUUCCCAAAAACCUUAAUCGUGGAUAUCAUGUGGUCCAUUCAGGGCCCGAUUAUCCUUCUGAGAUCGUUUUGCCUUUGGUUUCUAGCAAGAGUUCCGUCUAG